UCAACAUUCCCUCAAACUCCACUCCAAGCAAAGAAAAAAUACAAGACUGACAGUCUUAGGAAAACUAAGACAUAUAUGGCUAUGGAGUUAGAGCUUGAUGAUGAUGUCUUCUUUGCAGACAUAAGCAAACAGAUCUCUCUUCUCAUUAUGGAUGAAGAUGAACAGUUAAACCAUGUCUCUCUCUCUACCUCCUCUCUUGCGUUCCAGGGUAUGUUCAGAGGAAGCUACCAAACGGAUCCAUAUAUGUUUCAUAAAGAACCAAGCAAAGGAACUGGUGUGUUCAUCCCUAAAUCUUCUCAGUCCAGAAGAAGACCUCAUCAUCCGAAGCAAGGUAGGGUUAGUUCCUUCAACACCAAGCAACACAACCCUCUUCAUCAAAACAGACAACAGUAUCAAGACAACUCAAGGUGUACUCUCACAACUCACAACAACAACAAGAGCAGCAUGAACACUAAUAAUGUUCAUGCUUCUAUCCCAAAAAGAACCUACAGAGAUGCAACAUCUAUCUACACUUGAUUAAUUUUUAACAAAUAUUCUGCAUUAUUCAUGGUUUUUGUGUGAUUGAUUCAUAUAAUUAUAUAUAGAUGCAUAAGCUUUAUUUAUUUGUAGAUCAGCAAAUAAUAAGGAUUCUUCCAUAAGGAAGGUCUUGGAGAUUUGUUCCAAGUUUGUUCUUGUUUUAAUGUGUAAUUCUUUCAUGUCAUUUUAGAGAUAUUCACUGACUUAUCUCCAUUUGUAAAAUAUUUUUAAGGAUUAAAUCAAAAUUCAACUUGUGAAA